AUGUCCUUUCCCACAGUAACCGAGGCGGUCGACGUUCUUAAGAGAGCUCAGAGAGUACUGUUGGAAGGCGGGAACCUGAAACUCCACAAAAUUGCAUCCAGUAGUGAAGAGGUGAUGUCACAGUUUCCUGCUGCUAAUUUGGCUAAGACAUUAGAGCCACUAGACUUGACAUAUGAUGAACCGCCACUCCAUUAUAGCCUGGGUAUGGCAUGGGAACUAUCCACAGAUACCUUUACUUACCACACAUCUGAAAACCAGAAACCGUUCACAAAGCGAGGUCUUCUUUCAACGGUGAAUGGGAUUUUCGAUCCAUUGGGCUUCUUGGCGCCGAUUAUCAUCAAGGGAAAUAUUAUUAUGCGUGAUGCUGUGAAUGAAGCAAAUGACUGGGACGAUCCCUUAUUGCCUCACACUGAGAAGGUUUGGAGGUCUUGGACUGAACAGCUGAGCAACCUUUGUGAUAUACAUAUCCUUAGAUGUUUCCUGACUGUGUCUUUCUCGAAGUGUAUUACAAGAACUUUGCAUAUCUUCUCUGACGCAUCUGAGUUAGCAGUAGCUGCAUGUGCAUUCCUCAGAGGUAUCGACGAGGAUGGAGAGGUCUUCACUGGAUUUGUCAUCGGGAAGUCGAAGGUUGCGCCGAAGCACGGCCACACAAUACCGCGCCUCGAGUUAUGUGCUGCUGUUUUGGCUACCGAAAUCGGCGAGAUGCUUUCGGAACAGUUGGACAUUCCCCUCGAUCACCUGCGUUAUUAUACCGACAGCCGAGUAGUGCUUGGAUAUCUUUCAAAUGAACGUAGGAGAUUCUAUGUUUACGUUUCCAACAGAGUCGCUAGAAUAAGGAAAAUUUCCUCACCUACACAGUGGCAGUAUGUACCUACAGAGGAGAAUUCAGCCGAUGAGGGGACACGUCGUUUCUCCCCAGAGCAGUUUGCUUACAGUCUGUGGUUUAAUGGACCAUCCUUCCUUCGCAAUCACAUCAGCCCUGAUCUUGAUGUCGAAUAUUCUUUGGUGGAGCCAGAAUCGGACAAAGAAGUACGACCUGAUGUUCACUCGUGGAAGACUAACAUACGUACUACACUGGGAACAUCUAGAUUCAAUCGUUUCUCCAGUUGGAACAGCCUUGUGCGUGCUAUUCGUACUAUACGAGUUCGGUUGAAGAGUCGUUUCAAUAUCCAGAAUGAUCUUACCAGACGCAAGGUUGAGCUUUUCGUCAUCAAAGAGCUCCAGAUGACCUACUUCAGUAAAGAAAUUCAAGCGCUUCGUUCUUCAAAGUCUUUGCCUAAGGAUAGCUCUGUGCUUUGCUUGAAUCCUCACCUUGAUGAGAAGGGACUGCUGCGGGUUGGUGGACGCAUUAAACGAGGUGACUUUCAUGAGACCGAGAAAAAUCCCAUCUUGAUACCAGGUCGCAGUCAUAUUGCCAAGCUCCUUGUGCAACAUCACCACUUGCAGGUACAACAUCAAGGACGCCACAUGACCGAAGGUGCAAUUCGUAAUGCUGGACUUUGGGUAACCGGAGCAAAACGUCUGAUUGCUUCCACGAUACAUCACUGUGUGACAUGUCGCAGACCACGCGGGAAGUUUUCCUCUCAGAAAAUGUCGGAUCUGCCUGCAGAUCGCCUGACUCCUUCACCGCCAUUCACACUGGUUGGUGUUGAUGUAUUCGGUCCUUGGAACAUCAUCACUCGACGUACAAGAGGCGGAAACGCAAGUUCGAAACGAUGGGCAGUCCUCUUUACCUGUUUGUACAGCCGAGCAGUCCACAUUAAGAUCAUCGCAGAGAUGACGUCAUUAUCAUUCAUCAACGCCAUGCGGAGGUUCAUUGCCGUCCGAGAUAAAGUUUCGGAGUUCCGCUCAGAUUGCGGUAGUAAUUUUGUAGGAGCGGUCAAUGAGCUUGGAAUUCACUCUAUCAACGUGGGAGAUCCUCAAGUGAAAACUUACCUGGACACCAACAACAUGAUCUGGAGAUUUAAUCCCCCCAUGCAUCUCAUUUCGGCGGAGUAUGGGAGAGAAUGA